UAACUUAUGACUCAUCUUUGAUAGCUUCACAAUAUUCAUCUGAAGAAGUUAAGAAAGAAGAAGUAUAUUUGAAACAUUUUGAAAAAAAAUCACCAGAUCUUGUUUGGGAAUAUUUUUUUGCAACUUCAUUAAAAUCAUCAAUAUAUUUUUCUGCUAAAUAUAAAUAUUAUUCUAUAUUAUUUAAUUGUAGACGUUCUAAUUAG